AUGAUGAUUAACGAAAACUCUGGUCUUUUGGAGGUAUACAGAAUCGAAAAUACGGGUACCCAUACCAGAAUGCACAGUAUCCCAGUUGGCGUUCGUCCAGACAUGAUUAUGCCUACUUCAGAUUGCCGAACUGUUGUUUUCGCCGUUGAAGGCAAUGCGUACAACAACGGUUCCCAUUUUAUCGAUCCAGAGGGCGCUAUAGGUAUAAUUCGAUUUCCUCAUGCCGACGGGAUAGCGGGAUCAUACCAAUAUACACAACUCGACUUCAGAAAGUUUAAUGACGCUUGGCAGGACCUUGUAUCUCGUGGAGCCCGGUUUAUCUACAGAGAGAACAACAACAAGUUCUCCAAUGAUGUGGAACCGGAGUAUAUCACAUUUAACACGGAUGAGAGCAUCGCAUACGUAUCAUUACAGGAGAACAAUGCUGUUGCCGAGGUAGACUUGAUCACACUAAAUAUUACAGCCAUCCACCCGCUAGGUUUCAAAAACUGGACAGAAUCCAAACUCGACGUCAGCGAUAAAGACAAAGGUAUAAAUAUUCGGCAGUGGCCGGUGAUGGGUAUGUACCAACCUGACGUCAUCAAAUUUGUUACCAUUGGCGACAAGUCCUACCUCCUCACAGCUAACGAGGGUGCUACAAAGGACUACUCUGAUAUUGAAGGAUCAGGAGGCUUUAAUGAGGCGUCGAGGGUGGAGGACUUAACCAUAGAUGAUCCUUAUCACGAAACUGCGCAUGUUCCAUUUUGGGCGAGCCAGAACGGAUUUUUUUGGAAUCUUCAAACCGAGAAAAAUCUAGGACGGUUGGUGGUCAGUAACUUAGAGGGCAAGCAUGACAAUGUUUAUGACGACCUCUUCACAUUUGGCGGCAGGAGUAUAUCGUUAUAUGACACCAGCACUUUUACCCAAGUGUACGACAGCGGAAGUGACGUAGAGGAAAAAAUAGCACAAUAUCAACCGGAUCUGUUCAAUGCCAAUGGGAAACCUGAAUCGUCGAUUGUUUCUAAAACUAAAGAUGCGCGGUCUGAUGCAAGGGGUCCAGAAGUUGAAUGUCUAGCUGUUGCUAAAGAUGGUGACUCCACAGUGAUCUUCGUCGGAAUAGAAAGACCAGGCCUCAUCGCCAUCUACUCUAUCCCAGGUUCCGACGUGAACGCCAUCAAGUUUGAGAGCCUUUGGAGUGGAAUACCGAAAACAAAUGAAACAUAUCAGAGUCUCUAUAAUCAGCGUGUCAUCAGCGAUGUUGGUCUUGACGAUCUCAGAUACAUUCCUGCUAACGAGAGCCCCAACAACAAGCCACUGUUACUGAGUACAGCGUCCACUUCUGGUACAGUCUCCAUAUUUGAGAUAAAAGGUUUGACAGGACCUAUCGGCAGCGGCAAUGUGCGUUAA